GCUGUAUGUAGCCUACAUGGCACUGGCUGUGCUCUGCUUUCUGGGAUCUCCGGUCAAAUAUAUGGAAAUAACGAAGAUAAACUGGGCUUAGUGUCGUGUUGUUACUUAGUUUCAGCUGUUUCCUGCAGGGAGGGAAAGGGCUUGGAAAAAUGUUUUUCCCAUAGAGUUUUUUCUUUGAAGAAGCCCCAGUGGGAUCAGGGAAUCAGCUGGACCCUUCAACGUAAGACGUGUGGCUUGGGAUUCUGCCUGCCGGGAACAGUGAUCUGUUUGGGGAAAUCAGGAAUUCUGUCCUCUGAAACCUUGCCGUGUGCACGGGAUGUCCUCACUGCGGGAGUGGUGUCGAGACUGACGUGAGACGGUUGGUGGUUAUGGCCUCGCAGGUGAGCUGGGAAAUGAAGACGUUGAGGUCUGUGGUUCUCUCCUUGGCUUCUCUUUGGGCUCUCGCCUUGCUGGAAACUUCUCAGGUGAGAUGCCAGCAGUCUGUGCAGUUGGGAAUGGCACCCGACUCUUUCGAUGACCAGUACACCGGCUGCACUGAGGAAAUGGAAACGGAUAUUGCACCUCGCCUGCUAGAGGAGGAAAAAGCCAGACACCCGCUGCUGGGCUCUAUGUGGGGAAACCUAUCGGCUGUUUGGGCAAUUAAGAAGAAAAGGCUUUCUGUGCCCGAGGGCUUUAGGGAUGAACAUGGCAUAGCCAUCCUGGUCUACACUGAUUCCUCCAAGCCACUGUACUGGGAGUUGAACAAGGCAGUGAGAGAGGCUGGGGUCUCCCGAGAUAACUACAUGAGCAAUUUCCACUUCAAAGCUCUCCAUUACUAUCUGACGAGAGCCCUACAGCUCUUACGGGCUGACUGUGGCCACCUGUUCAGACGCCAGCUGUUCCGGGGAGUCCGAUCCAUCCGCUUCGAGCCCAGCGGGGCAGGUAUGUUCCGGUUCGGACAGUUCACCUCUUCCUCGCUGGACGUGGCUUUAGCUCGGAGUUACGGCAACGCCACGUUCUUCACCCUGCGCUCCUGCUUCGGCGUCCACAUCGAGUCGUUCUCCGCCAUCCCUUCCGAGCGAGAAGUGCUGAUCCCCGGGAGCGAGGUGUUCAACGUCUCCAGCUUCUCCCGGGAGGGGAACCGCAGCGUCUUCCUCCUGCACAGCAUGAACCGGACCUGCAGCCAUUACAACUGCGCCUACCUUGGGGGAGAGAAGUCUCCAGAAUGUGUUGACAACACAGUUGCAGGUAGGAGUGUCAGGGUGUCCGGCAACAUGAGCCCUGCGUUCGUUGGUGGAAUUGUCCUGGUCAACAUUGCUGCUCAGAAACUCUUCGCCAAUUUCAAACUCAUCUUGAUUUUGUAAAAAAAAAAAAAAAGUCUCAAAAAAAUAA